GUUUGAAUAGGGGAAGUUGACAGAGCACAGCGCUUUGCGUGAGUUCAGUGUUUGCAAAUACAGAGUGAUCUCAACAGACGGACUAGCGGACUCCGAGCAAAGCGACGGCUGCACUGCGUUGCUAUUGCACGAAGAGGACGCUUGCUUGCCACAUCUUAUCUUUGAUUCAUCAAGAUAAAUAUUUAUAUACAUUUAUCGCCUGAUACUUGGGAUUGCAAUGGAUGUUCUACCAAUGUGCAGCAUAUUUCAGGAACUUCAGAUCGUUCAUGACACUGGCUAUUUCUCUGCAUUGCCAUCUCUUGAAGAAUACUGGCAACAGACCUGUUUGGAGCUGGAGAGAUAUUUGCAGAGCGAGCCGUACGUGUCUGCGUCUGACCUCAAGUUUGAGGGCCAGGAGGAUCUUUGGAGCAAGCUCAUCUUGGCUUGUGGAGAUAAGGGAGAUGGGAACGGCAACCUUCCCAGCGUCAAGGAGGACGACAAUCAGGACUGCCAAAUAUUAGAAACCAACAGCAUGAAUUCGGAUGCCAGCAGCGAGGCGUCUGACAGUUCGGAGGAGCUCUCGCCCACUCACAUCUUUACCUCCAACCCGCUGGGCUCGGUUCUGACGGAGUCAGCGCAUCACUUGAGUUCCUCCAUCAUCAGCACGCCUCCGUCCUCGCCAGAGACGCCCCAGGAGCCCAGCGUCCCGCAGGUGUGGGGCUCCACGCAGACUGACUUGCACGUGCCGGUGAAGAUCCGGCAAAACGGACUGGGGAAGGCCUCGGAUAAGGCUUCCGCAGGAGGGGACGCCUCUCCGGACGGCAGGAGGAGAGUACACAGGUGUCACUUCAACGGCUGCCGGAAGGUUUACACGAAGAGUUCUCACUUAAAAGCACAUCAGCGGACUCACACAGGUGAGAAGCCUUACAGGUGUUCAUGGGAAGGCUGCGAGUGGCGCUUUGCGAGGAGUGACGAGCUAACCCGACACUUCAGGAAGCACACCGGUGCAAAGCCAUUUAAAUGCAGUCAUUGUGACAGGUGUUUCUCCAGGUCGGACCACCUGGCCCUGCACAUGAAGAGGCACCUUUGAGCGGUGGGGAUAUGUUGUGUCCUGACCAGCUUCCUGGUUGACCCGGCCCUGCAAGAAAUGGGGGGAGUGUGUUCCAGCCAAAGCAUGCCAUUUUGCACCAUAUCCUGUGCCUCCGUGAGUCCCGGGAUAAAGGCGGACUGACUGGUUGUUGAAACGGAAAAAAAGGAAGGGACAAAUCACGUAUGAAGAACCGAGGAUGAUUUAUAAAAAAAAAAAGAAAAAGUACAACAAAACAAACAAAAAAAAAAAGCAAAAAAAAAAGAGCGAAUGAUUGGUGUGUUGUAUGGUGCAUGAUGUUUCGGGACAACUCCUGGACUAUACACUGGUACUUUAAAACAAAUCCUAAAGAAAGCCUUUUUGAAGUGAGCAGAUGAAUGUCCCGUGUGUGAAGAAGGGUGGGAGGGGGGUACCAGUGUAUCGCUGUGGGCUGAAUGGUGUCGGGGAACAAGUUCUGUAUUUGUUUCCAUGCGGUAUGCGAGAACCGUGAGUGAAGCCGUGAGACUGAGAGCUCCUGCCUGACGCCCCCGGGCUCUGAGAUUGCAGGGGGCGUAGCGGCCAGGGUUUCACCCCCUGCCCCCAUCAAAAAGGGGGCGGAAACUCGGCCCUGAAUGAAAGUGGCUUUUUUGGUGUUCGGUGCAGCUACUAAAUGUGCAAUGUGUUCGGUAGCUUGUUAUUUGACAGGCUACAAAAGCUGAUUUGUAGUCCGUUGUAUAAGCUGUGUGCUUAGAGAUGUAACACAAUUAUAACUUCACUAUCAUAAACAGGUGUUGCAUGGUAUUGGGGUUUGUACAUAUUAUUAUUAUUAUUAUUAUUAUUAUUAUUUUUUAUUUUUUUUUGUAAUUGGGACUGCAAAUAGAUUCCAAUAAAGCGCAGCUAAAUACAAUUGGGUUAAAUGUUACAAUAUUGUACAUAAACACAUUGAUCAUUCUUCACUCUAAAUUCCCUUUUUUCUCUCUGGUGGAGGGAAGGAUCCUAUCGAUCAUCGACUAUUUCAUACAAGACUCGUUUUGUCAUCUUGAAGACUAAACGCUCUCUUUCUAUCUCCAUUUUACCUGUUGUUAAUGCACUGUUGGCCUUAAUGGUGCCUUAUGCAAGUGGCCUUUCCCAUUGGGGGGUCACAAAAUGUAUUGUAUAAGUGAUUGAAAAAGCUUUAUUAAGGCUCUGUUUCACCUGAACAUGCACCUUUCCUAUUUCUGAGGCCACUGUAGCCAAGCCCUUGUAGAUACAUAAUGUAUUGUUAUUCUUGAGCAUGCGAUUUCAUUAUUAUACUUGCCCUCACGUUUCUAGAUCUGCAAGCACUUAAAGUAUGGGUUUGGUAUCGACUAAACGUUUUGAAUAUGCUUUAGACACAAGAUCUCGGUCUGUGGAGGUGUGUGCAAGACAAAAAGCUCUUAAAAUGCGAAAACCGGUUGUUGUAUAACACAAGGCUGAAUGUUUGUGGAAUGCCAACCCCCCCGUCCCCUGUAACCAAGAAUAAAGGAGAAAAAACACCUAAAGAUUUAUUGUAAUUAACAAGCUGCAGUCGGACAGGCCUUGCCUUGUACUGGCUCUCUGUAAUGAAUUGCUGAAGGCCCUGCCUGCUGCAGACUGCUGACUCGGCCAGUUCGAUAUUGACCUGUCUGGAUGCCGUUGUUUUAGUCCAGCGGCAGUAUUGUGGAAACCGUGCACAGCCAUCCAGAAAGAUAAAGAUAUAUCACCCCGCUUUUCAACAUUUACAAUGGAAAUUUACUGACGUGGGGUCGAACGCCGCAUGGAGGAAGCCUCUCAGCUGGGUGUGUGCGUUUCAUUUGCGAUCUGAAAUUUAAACUCUAAUUUUUUCAGGGACCAAACGAUCGAUUAAAUUUAUUGUACAUAGUUAUAUGCUUGAAUUAUUUGAGUUUGAUUGCUCUGGUUUGUUGAGCGAUGGAGGUUUGACACUGUUGCAUGUCGAGCAGCUACGCAUUGUUUCAUUGAGAGAAAAGUAACUUGAAGCAGCUUGUGCUGCCAUUAAAUCAGACCAGCCUGGGUUUUUUGGGCAAAGAACAUUGUGUCUUUCCAACAGUGGCCAAUAUUAGUCGAGUGGUAAUGGAGCCUUAAUCAAGUUUUCCAUUUUCUUGCUUCAACCAACACUUUCUAUCACUUCUCUUUUCUCUCAUGAAUCCCUCUUGUCUAAAGAAUAUUUGUACAAAAGAAUAAGAACACAAAAGUUAGGAUGAAAAAAUAAAAAAACUUUUCUAAGAUUUUAAUUUUAUAUUCUUUUUGUUGUAGUUUUUUUUUUUUUUUUGCUUUAUAUGAAUUUUAUUUGAAAUUGUUUUGCAAAGUUGUUAUAUUUCUGUAUGAAUGUAUUUUUUAUUGGAAUAAUAAGAAAUUCUUAUCAGACAAGUUUGA